AUGCCCGUUCGCCUAUCCACCCAGCGCCCCUCGCCAACAACGGCCCUCUUCACCGCCUCCAAUGCCUCCGUACGGUCCACAAUCACCUCAAAAGCCCUCUUCUCCAUCGAGAUUGUACUUCGCAUCCUCCUUUUCGCAGUCGUACUGCUCCUCAACGGUGCUUUAAUUCGUGAUUACAUAUUAACUCUCGAUGAUGGAAUUAUACACUGGGACACCGUGUGGUCGAGUGCCAUUGGAGCGGUCGCUUGUCGCAUGGCGGAUCGGCAGGGUUGGCAGUUUACCUGUCCGGUGAGUGCGGCGCUGGUGUAUAUCAUUUUUCGAAGGGGGUAUACCGAGGAAUCGUUACUGGUCAUACGUGGACUGGGAGUUCAAACCUCCACAUCCUCCGCUACUUACCUCUCAAAAGCCUCAACUCGAUUUAUCCCUACCACACAAAUACAAGAUAUUGUAAUCCAUGAAGCCUUCAAGGGCUUCGAAGUGAAGUUCUAUCUCGCUAUCAUUGUGGAAGGGGAGUCAAACGUAGUUGUGGUAUUCCCGGUAGGUCCUCAUAUCCAUUCCGCAUGUACCCACUUUCCGGUCUAUUCAGGAGACUCUGGCGAAUACUAA